CUCCAGCUAAGCUGGCCGGGCUAUUUAGUCAAUGCUGAUCCCAGAACAGGAACAGAACCCUUCCUAGCAGACCCUGAAGCUUUACAUCGGUGCCACUGACUCAUAUGAGCCUGAUGCUGGAUGGCCAAGCCCCCAUGGAAGCUCAGUAUGCAGAGGAGGACCCAGGACCCGGGGUCUUCAGAUCAGAGCCAGAAGACCCACUGCAGAGGCCCGAGGACCAGCAGCAACCCAUCUCUCCGGUGGGGCGCUGGUGCUCCAGGCGGUGUGGCUGUGUGGUGCUGGGAGCCCUGGCGCUGCUGGCUGGCGUGACUGUUGGCUCAUGGCUUCUAGUGCUGUAUCUGUGGCCAGCUGCCUCUCAGCCCAUUCCCGGGACCUUGCAGGAUGAGGACAUGACUUUGAGCUGCUCAGAGGCCAAUGGCGAGGAAGCCCUGCUCCCCUCACUUUCCAGAACAGUGUCUUUCAGAAUAAACACUGAGGACUUGCUGGAAGUGCAGGUGAGGGCCCGGCCAGACUGGCUCCUGGUUUGCCAUGAGGGCUGGAGCUCUGCCCUGGGGCUGCGGAUCUGCCGGAGCCUUGGGCAUCUCAGACUCACUCACCACAAGGGAGUGAAGCUGUCUGACAUGAAGCUCAACAGCUCCCAGGGGUUUGCUCAGCUCUCUCCUAGACUGGGAGGCCUCCUGGAGGAGGUGUGGCAGCCCAGGGUCAACUGCAGUUCUGGACAAAUCGUUUCCCUCAAAUGCUCUGAGUGUGGGGCAAGGCCGCUGGCUUCCCAGAUAGUUGGCGGGCAGGCCGUGGCUCCUGGGCGCUGGCCCUGGCAGGCCAGUGUGGCCCUGGGCUUCCGGCACACGUGUGGGGGCUCUGUGCUGGCGCCAUACUGGGUGGUGACUGCUGCACAUUGCAUGCACAGUUUCAGGCUGUUCCGCCUGUCCAGCUGGCGGGUCCAUGUGGGGCUGGUCAGCCACAGUGUGGUCAGGCCACACCAGGGGGUUGCGGUGGAGAGGAUCAUCCCUCACCCUCUCUACAGCGCCCAGAAUCACGACUACGAUGUCGCCCUCCUGCGGCUCCGGACACCACUCAACUUCUCAGACACUGUGGGUGCUGUGUGCCUGCCGGCCGAGGAGCAGGAUUUUCCGAGGGGUUCGCAGUGCUGGGUGUCUGGCUGGGGCCACACCGACCCCAGCCACACCCACAGCUCGGACACGCUGCAAGACACAGUGGUGCCGCUACUUAGCACCCGGCUCUGCAACAGCUCUUGCAUAUACAGUGGAGCCCUUACUCCCCGCAUGCUGUGUGCCGGCUACCUGGAUGGAAGGGCUGAUGCCUGCCAGGGGGAUAGUGGAGGCCCCCUGGUGUGCCCCGAUGGGGGCACGUGGCGCCUUGUGGGGGUGGUCAGCUGGGGCAGAGGCUGCGCAGAGCCCAAUCACCCCGGCGUCUUCGCCAAGGUUGCUGAGUUCCUGGACUGGAUCCACGAUACGGCAUGGGAAUCCCUCCGCUAGGCCUGUUGUUUUCUCCAUCUCACCGCAUAGCAACCUCACGUUUCCUGGGGUCUCCGGCAGGUCCACUAGAGGGAGGAGAAGCAGCAGACCCUGAUGCAGAAAGCACGGACCUCCUAUCUCUGCACGGGAGACAGUCACCACCCACGGGCCAGCCUCCAGGCCGAAGGGCCUCUCCCCCAGACCCUGAUUUCCAGUCCCUCUAUCUCAACCAGAGAGCAUCAAUGACAAGAGGGGGGUUGGGGCAGGGUUGGGACCAUGGGGGAUCUGACGGAUGUGCGGAAGCUGGAUGGAUGGAGGAGCUGAAGAAGAAGAGGCUGCUGGAAGCAGCUGGGAGCCCGCCUUUCUGCUCUCUCCCCUCCCCAGUCCCUGUGCCCAUCUUUUGGGAGGAUGCUCAGGGGUACCCUGGACCUGCCUUCUCCCUGCGCUCUCAGGCAGGUGGGGGAGGGGCAAGUGCCUCCCAGAGGAGCCCUUAGCUCUGGAGGCUCUUAGGAAGACGGGGUCAAUGCUGGGCCAGCCCAGAUUAAGCCCACGGAGUCAGGAUCCUCUCCACCUUCCUGUGGUUGGUCUCACCUACUUCCUGUCCUGACCUGGCUCUGGCUGGUCCUGCUGGGGCUGGGGUGGGAGCAGGGGCCACUGUAAGAACACUCUGGUUGGUGUUGCAAUAGGGUGUGGUUUUAAAUGACAGUUCUGUGAACUGGUCCAAGGAGUUCUGUUAUUAAAGUUUUGGUCCAGUUCUCCCUUUCUCCCUCUCUCUCUCUCUUACACACACACAC